AGCUCCGCCUCCUCGCCGGUGAUUGGCCGCCUGUGUGCCUUUCCUGAGCUACAGUUCUGGCGGCCAAUCACCAGUGAGAAGGCAGAGCCGAGCAGCCGCGCGAACAUCCAGUGGACGAACCGAAUGAAGGAGCAGCCGCGCUUCCUGGACCGGAUCGUCGUGGGACCGGAGCCAGUGAGAGGAAUAGUGCCCCAUAAUUGGUAUUACUGGGAGGAAUAGUGCCCCAUCAUUGGUGUCAGUGGGAUGAAUAGUGCCCCAUCAUUGGUAUUACUGGGAGGAAUAGUACCCCAUCAUUGGUAUUACUGGGAGGAAUAGUGCCCCAUCAUUGGUAUUACUGGGAGGAAUAGUGCCCCAUCAUU